AUGACGGACAGUCCUAAGACACCUUGCGAUGACUGUGGUGGCGAAUUCCCCACUCGACAAGGCACUGGCCCUUGUCUCAAGUGCUCAAAGCUCUCAAAACACGCUCGCGACUCUGACCAGUACAAGGACAUUUCACAAUGGCCUCAGUGUGAGAUGUGUGGUAUUACUCGACGCAAUAUGCCUUCAACUGGGCCUACUCAGACCUGUAAUGCACCAGCAUGCAAUCGUAACCCACUUGGGCCAGCCGCAGGAGGAAAAGAGAAUCUUCCCGACAUUCAACGUGACCGUAAUGCCAUAUUCUUUGCCCGUCUCCAAAAAAAUUCGCCCAUUACUGGUCCAAAUCCCGGAACUGCCCUCACGACUGAAGAGCUUUUGAAUCGGGAACAUGGUGGUGGAAUGCCCGGCGAACGUCAAAUUCAUAUCGGCUGCCAGAUUCGUGUUGCAAAGGGCAACACUGCCAGAAUCAAUGAAGGCCUUGGAUGGGUGCGCAAGGCUGCCAAAGAUGUCAAGUCCCAGCUGCUCGACAAUCUCAACACCAAAUGGACUAAGACUCACAGUCACAAAAUUCUCGACGAAGAAGUGGAACUACGGUUCCAGGGUGGACAAGAUCUCCUUGGGGAUACUGAAGCCUUGACGGUCGACCAGUUUUACCUCAAGUACUCCUCUCCAGCUCACCGGGGUGACUAUCUGGACAACAUUAGCAAACCUUGGGACAAGAAUAGCUACGUGAAAGCGAAACGACCAUUUUUGCCUAUGGAAUUACUCUUCCAUCAAGAAAUUCAUGAAGCCCGAAUCAAGAAAUCAGACAAUGGAGAUGAUCUGACCUCCACCCACGUCCACCGACGAAAGCGGGAGCGUACCAUGUCUGGAACUACCAGCACCACCAGUUUCAAAAAGCCCCGUGGAUAUUCCCACUUCCCUUCGAUGGCUCCGGUUUCGCUUUUUGGCCUCCCUUCACGUAAAGAUGUGACGGUCAUCUCCAAACAGAGCUCGAUUUCUUUCAUCAAGGUUUCCGCCGUUACGGGCGGUCAGAAUGGGGUCACGAAGCUCAUCAAUACCGGUAAAUCAUACCAAGGCACUAUUGCAGACGAAGCCUUCAAUCGUGGCCAGAUGAAGCAAGCUCAUGAUGCAAGUAUCAAGGACUCGUUUGUAGCUAAGAGGUUCUACCAGCUGGACGAGCAUGGGUUGGAGGUGGAUAUCGCAGACAACAAUGUCGAGAUCCGGCUGGAAGCGACUCGUCAAAGUCAACUCAAUUGGUUCUUGGAGUCAUUCUAUAGGUUUACGGGUACCCAUGCUCAAGGUCAAGACGUGUCUGUUGAUCAAAAUAUCACUGCAGCCGAAGUCUUCAUUGCAAAGGAAGUCGAACAAGCUUCUCGUGCCUCGGGAAUGCUACUUUCUGAGCUCAAGGAAGACGACGAAGCCAUCGAGUGGCUCGUCGAAGAACGUCGGGCUCAGGCGGUCAAAAAAAUUUCUGGCACUCUUUCGCACAAGCAGCUUGCAAAUGACUUGGUAUCUAGCACAGUCUCAGCCUUUGCACACUUUGCAUUUGGAUUCAGCAACCGUCAACUUGUAUUUGCAGAUCUUCAAGGAACUCGAGCUAUCGUCAAAGAUCAUGUUGGGCUGGUUCUCUUUGAUGUUAUGACUCACACUUUGGCUGGUGAUUCCGGCGUCGGAGACUUCGGAGAGAAAGGUAUCAGGUCUUUCGUGGAGCAACACCAGUGCAGCCCAGUGUGCACUGGCUUUCAACUGGACCAGAUGUAUCCCUUGGAGCCUGCUGACUCGGACAAAGAAGACUCGGACGAGCUCACAGACUCCAAUAAUCUAGUUGGUUACGGGUCAGAAUAG